GGCUAAGUCACCGUUGAAUGCUCCAGGACUCUUGGGGUACCCUGUACUCCGUACUUCGUGCUCUUAAGACAAGCAGGACGAUAUUUUCCAACCUCUUUGAAUUCGCUAUCUCAAGGACGGCAACGAUCUCAGUAAUACGCGCACAAUGAACACCUCAGUUGUCAACCGACUGGUGCCCUCUGUCUCGAGGCUUGCGACGAGGAGAGUGGCUGUCGCACCACGAGCAAGCACGACCCGAGCAUGCCAAUGGAACAGCGCCGCAUCUAGGAGGACAUUCUCCUCGAGGUCUACUUUAUACAUCAAAAAGUACACAGAGGACCACGAAUGGAUUGAACUCGACACGGAUGGAAAGACGGGCACGAUCGGUAUUACGGAAUACGCCUCGAAAGCCCUCGGUGAUGUCGUGUACGUCGAACUUCCCGAGCUAGAUAUGGACGUCAGUAAAGGCGACACCAUCGGUGCCGUCGAGUCGGUCAAGUCGGCGUCCGACAUCAUGACCCCGGUGUCGGGAAAGAUUGUAGACCACAACAAAGUGCUAGAGGAAAAACCAGGAACGAUAAACAAGAGCCCCGAAGGUGAAGGGUGGCUGGCCAAGAUCGAGCUCAGCGACACCACCGAGCUGGAAAGCUUGAUGAGCAAGGAAGACUACGACAGCUUUGAAAAGGAGUGAUUCAGGGAAAGCAGGGACAGGCGAUUUUCAAAGGAAGAGCCUCAGUGCUCAUACUAUGCGGUGUUUGGUUGCUGCCAAAAAACAUAUCCAACAUACAAAAACAAACACAACGUGUGUUCAACGACGACGGGGCUCAAAUAACUCGUACAAAUUUUGCAAUGGUAUAACUAAUUGAUACAGCUAAUCCCCAUUUUUUGUGGUUUUGCAGGUAAUGCAUCGUUGUGCAGACACGUUCACCUAAGAUACACGAGCCGAGCAGCCCCCCGAAUAACUCGAUGAACAGAUAAGGUAAGAUCACUUGGAAGAAUCAAUCUGGAACGGCGUCUGUGGUCCGACAUUGGGCUUCUUCAACGCAACUCUCCUCGUUCGGCAUGAAAGCCACUCUCACUGGUGUCUUCGAUUUUGUGAUGAUGCUUUGCUGGGUUUACCUCGAUGUCCGCCUCGAAGCCAUCGUCACUAUCGGCCUCGCCCAGAAAUGCGGCAUUCGUGGCAUCCAUCGCUUCGUGACUAUCCCCCUCUUCGGCUCUACGUGCCUCGAAACCGUCGUCUGAAUCGGCUUCACCCAGAAAGGCGGCGUUCCUGGCAGCGGAUGGAUCAAUGCCGGGGUACGUGUCACCCUCUUCGGCUCUGCGUGCCUCGAAACCGUCGUUCGAGUCAGCUUCUCCCAAAAAGGCCGCGUUGCGGGCAAUGGCAGGAUCGACGGCUUCGUCCGUGUCACCUCGUUCGAGCCUACCUGCUUCGAAUCCAUCGUCGGAGUCAGCCUCGCCUAAAAAGGCAGCAUUCUUGGCUUCAUCGUACGGGUCGGAGGAGACUUGACGAGACUGGUCUACGGCAGAGGCUGAAGGAGGGGGGACAUUGAUCGUGUUGGAGGAAGAGGUGCCGGCAGGGGCAGCGGCGACAGGUCGAAGGAGAGAAGAGUGGAUGAAUCGUUUGGACAAUCGAGAAGCAGCUCGAAGUGGGACGGUAGUCGUCAAGAGACCACCGGACCUAGUGACAGCUGGUAGCAGGGUGAGAAGUAAUGGACGUGAUGCCAUUGUCGAGAACAAUACAAUACGGUAGUGUUGAGUGAUAGGAUACAAUCACUACCCAGGCACUAUCGUUGGACUGUCAUGAAGCUCGAGGUUACAGGUACUAGUCACUCGCACGAGGUGAACACACUUUAGAGCAAGAGAAGAGGGGGAGAGAUGGAGGGGCCAAUGAUCAUCACCUGACGAAAAGAUGCAUAUCCGACGGCAUCCUUGAUUCGAGAAGUCUCUGAAAGGGAAAAGGGCAUGUGAAUUGUUGUGUUACUCUUACGGAGUCCGGAGUAGAUGAUGGAUGCAUGAGUCUGCACGGACUUGAUAGGCGAGCAAGUUUGCGGGGAAGCUUCACUAUUAAGGUGGUCUGUACGAGAACGAAUACGAGAACGGAGGGCAGGGUUUGAGGGCAGCCCAUAUGUCCCUAGAGUCUACAAUACGAGUCCAUAUUGGGAAUUUUCUAUCUAUACUUAGGUAUCUAUGGGCCUGAUUGAUAUU